CCCAGGUUGGCUGCAGUGACCUGCAGAGAGUGGUGCUCCCUUGGGAGACCUGUGCUUUCCUCGGGCAGCCCCACUGCCAGCCCCUUUGCAGCCGUGCUCCCUGCCUGCACCCUGCCUGUGCUGGGCUGGAGGUGCCUCUUGCAGGAGCAGGGAUGAUGCAGGAGCUGGUGGCUGGCGUGGAGAAGGUCAGGUUUGACUUGGAGGCUGAUGUGGAGCAGCAGCGAGGAGCUCGGCCCCUGUCCUUCCUGGGUAUGGACAAGCUGGGGGCAGCCGUCUGCGAGUUCUUCCACCGAGGGCUGUGCCCCAAGGGCGUGCGGUGCCCCUUCCGGCACGUCAGUGGGGAGAAGAUGGUGUGCAAGCACUGGGUGCGCGGGCCCUGCACGAAGGGCGAUGGGUGCGACUUCCUGCACGAGUACGACGUGACCAAGAUGCCCAAGUGCUAUUUCUACUCCAAGUUCGGUGAAUGCAGCAACAAGGACUGUCCCUUCCUGCACAUUGAUGCCACCGCCAGCACCACGGGCUGUCUCUGGUAUGACCGUGGUUUCUGCAGGCAUGGUCCCCUGUGCAAGUACAAGCACACGCGGCGGGUGAUGUGUGCCAACUACCUCAUUGGCUUCUGCCCAGAAGGACCCCAGUGCAAAUUCACACACCUCAAGGCCGGGCUGAUGACGAGCAGCACGGAUCCAUCCAAGGCAGCUGGCUGUCCUCAAGGGCUGGUACAGCUGGAUCUGGCUGCCGGCGAGGAGAGCGAACGCAAGGAUGUGCCACCCAUGGAGCCUGCCCCACCAGUCACCGGUGCUACCCAGCACCUGGCAGCGCAGCUGUGGGACACCAGGAGCUGCCCCUCGGGCCCGCAGAGCCUGCUUGAACGAGGCACAUGCUUCAAGUGCGGACAGAAAGGUCACUAACACCAGUAAGUGUGGGAAGACCCUGCUGGGGAAGUGACUCGAGUGCUCCAGCACGGACCGUGGAAGGAAGACACCGUAAAGCGCGAUGGAGCCAGCGAGACGGCUACUAGGGCAGUUGCUGGACUCGAAAAGCCAGUUGGUUUUGCUCAGCACCGGCUCUCACAGCUCUUUGCACAAGCAGCAGAGAAAUCACAGCUUCCCUAAUGCGGCUAAAAUUGGACUCUUCAUAGCUGCCUCUGCUCCCUCCUGCGCAGCUGGCUGCACGUGGACUGGGGCAGCAGGAGCGGUCACUGUGCAAUCACAGGUUUGAAGGGGUGUGGGACCAGCUCGUGCUGGGGUCCUGGGCAGAUGAGGGUGCGGGUGUGCUAAUCCCCUGUGAAGGGGGGCAAGAAGCAGCAUUGUUUGAGAACAGACAGUGCCAAGCAGGAAAGGAAAAUUCACAAACGCUUUUAUUGCUGGCAAGAGGGAGUUUUUGGUGAAACACCUCUGACACAGUAUUACUGCACCGCUCCAAAUAAAGAGUUCAGAUUUUUUUUC